AUGACCGUUCGGGUAUGGCUUGGAUUCCUCCGAUUAGAGGAGCCCGUGGCCAUCCUGCGGGAUCGGGAUGCCGAGAAGAUCUUAUCCUAUGAGGAUGACGACUCGCCUUUCCCUGAAGUGCGCGCCGUUAUCCAGCCUGUCAAUGAUGUGACCUUGCCUGUGAGCACGGUGCGCAUGUGGACCAUUGGCUUGGUUUUCACCAUUGUAUGUGCUGUGCGAUCGGCAAUCGGUCAAUAUACUGACUCCAGAUAUAGGUUGGCAGUGGUCUUAACCAAUUUUUCAGGUAAGCUACUGCUCUUCAUUUUUCAGCCCAUAUGCAAGUCUCUAGAUUGGUUAACCGAGAUGGCAAUUAGUUUGAGGCAACCCAGUGUGACGAUCAAUGCGUUGGUUGCCCAACUGCUAGCGUUCCCUGUGGGGUGUGCUUGGGCGAGAUGGAUUCCUCUGGGAAUCAUGAACCCCGAUCGACACUUCAAUAUCAAGGAGCACACGUUGAUCACUAUCAUGGCGAACGUAUCAAUUGGCUCGGCUGCGGCUACCCAGGUCAUCGAGGCGUUGGUCAAGUUUUACAAUAUACCGUCUGAUGGUGGGUUCGAAGUACUGUUAUGCAUCACCACCCAGAUGUUCGGCUUUGGACUCGCGGGCAUGACAUCACGCUGGCUGGUAGGCCCUGCAUCAAUGUUAUGGCCUCAGGUGCUGUCCAAUGCAGCCCUCUUGACCACUCUCCACUCUCAAUCCAACACCAUAGCAGACGGGUGGCGGAUCACGCGACUUCGAUUCUUUCUCUAUGUAUUCCUCGUCGGCACUGUAUGGUAUUUCGCCCCGGGGUAUCUCUUCACGGGCCUCAGCACAUUCGCCUUCAUAUGUUGGAUCGUGCCAUCCAACGUCGUGGUCAACCAGCUCUUCGGGCAAACCACCGGUCUGGGGAUGUCGGUAUUGACCUUCGACUGGGCCCAGGUAGUCUACGCCAAUCAAAGUCCUCUACUGGUCCCCUUUUGGGCUGGUUUAAACGUCAUGGGAUCUUUCGCGCUCUUCUUUUGGCUUGUAUGCCCCCUCGUUUAUUAUUCAAACACUUGGUUUUCUGCGCACCUCCCACUUCUUAAUUCCAACACCUUUGACAACACCGGACACAUUUACAACACCAGUCGCAUCAUGGAUCGGAGCGGGAACGUCAAUCCAGAUGCCUAUCGAGAUUACUCUCCGAUGUUUCUUCCGGCCGGUUACGCAAUCACAUUUGGUGUCGCUUUCGCCAACCUGACGGGCAUCUUCUUUCACAUAGGGCUGUACCAUGGCAAGGACCUCUGGCAACAGUACAAAGGUAUCAGUAAAAAGGAUAUCCAUAGCCGGAUCAUGUCUGAAUACCGAGUCGUCCCCUGGUGGUGGUUCGCCGCAGUCACAGUCUUGAUGUUCGUUCUGAGUAUCGUCACCAAUGAAGUCUGGCAUACAGGGUUACCAGCCUGGGGCGUGCUAGUGGCUUUCCUGUUGCCCGUGAUUUAUUUCAUCCCGGUAGGUAUCAUCAAAGCCCUCACAAAUAUCAGCAGCAACCAACUCAAUCUGCUCACCGAGUUCAUUGGCGGAUAUGCCUUUCUCGGGCGACCAGUGGCCAAUAUGGCUUUCAAAUUCUACGGCUAUGUCGCCGUCCAGCAAGGGCUAGAAUUCGUCGCCGAUAUGAAAUUGGCUCACUACAUGCAUAUCGCGCCCCGUCUUCUUUUCAUCGCGCAAGGCCUCGCAACGCUCAUUGGCGCCAUCGUUCAGUGCGGCGUUACUGUGUUCAUGAUCACUCGAAUUCGCGGCGUAUGUAGCCCAGAAGCAGAGGGCAACUUCAGCUGCCCACAUGGCAAGGUGACUUAUUCGUCGUCUCUCAUCUGGGGUGCUAUCGGGCCAAGUCGACUGUUCACCCCUGGGCAGAUCUAUAGUAAUCUACUUUGGUUCUUCCUCGUCGGCCCUGCCGCUGUCAUUACCACGUACUUGUUGGGUCGUCGGUGGCAAUACGUCAAUUAUAUUUCUUGGCCUGUCGCUUUCGGCGCAAUGAGUCUUGUCCCACCCGCUACUGGGAUCAGUUUCUCUUCUUGGUGGAUCGUGAAUCUUAUCUUCAACGGGUUGGUUCGUCGCCGCAAACCGGCGUGGUGGUCGAAGUAUAAUUACGUUCUAUCUGCCGCUCUGGACUGUGGCGUUGCGGUUGCUACUGUCAUAAUUUUCUUCUGUAUAACACUUCCCGCUGGCUCAUUGAGCUGGUGGGGCAAUACGGUGUCUAGGACGACAGCAGACGGUAAAGGGACGCCUUACCUGGAGCUGCCGGAGAGAGGAUAUUUUGGGCCUCCAAAAGGGACAUGGUACUGA